GCUGCAGCUAAGCCCCUGAGCCGCCUUAGCGGGUGAGGCGAGGGCGAGGCAGGCGGCCCUUGGCUGGCCGAGCGGUUUAAGGGGCCAGGGCAGGCGGGGCGAGGCCCCAGGCUGGGCACAGAGCGGCAGGAGUGCUGGGGAGAUGGUCCCGGUUCGCCUGUGGCGCUCGGCGGGGCCGGGGCGGGGCCGUGCGCUGCUGCUGGCAGGGCUCCUGCUGCUGCUGCUCCGGCAGGCGGCCAAGCAGGAGGUGGGUAGAACCAGCCCCCCCGAGCCGCUGCGGGGGGAGGGGGAGAGCUCCGGCCGCCCGCCCCCCAACGUGGUGUUCGUGAAGACUCACAAGACGGGCAGCAGCACCCUGCAGAACCUCCUCUUCCGCCUGGGCGAGCGGCACAACCUCACCGUCGCCUUCCCCCGCUACACCUACCAGUUCGCCUACCCCCAGCGCUUCGCCGCCGCCUUCGUGGAGCCGCUGCCGCCGGGCGCCGCCCGCUACAACCUGCUGCUGAGCCACCUGCGGCUGGCGGCCGGCGAGCUGGGCCGGGUCAUGCCCCCGGACAGCCUCUACCUCACCAUCCUGCGCGAGCCCGUCCGCACCUUCCAGUCCGUCUUCGCCUACUACCGCAGCACCGUGCCCGCCUUCCGGGCCCUCGCCGGCCACCCCCGGACCCUGGCCGCCUUCCUGCAGGCCCCGGCGCGCUACUACGACCCGGCCGACGCGGGCAACGGGCUGGCCAGGAACCCCAUGGCCUUUGACCUGGGGCUGGAGGCCGGCGGGGAGGAAGGGGGCAGCCGGUGGGACCGGGAGCUGGAGCGGCUCAACCGGACCUUCCAGCUGGUGCUCAUCGCCGAGCACUUCGACGAGUCCCUGCUGCUGGCGCGGGAGCUGCUGGGGCUGCGCCUGGAGGAGCUGGUUUAUGUGCGGCUCAACGUCCGCCAGGGGGGCGGGGACGAGGCCUUGGCCCCGGGGCUGGUGCGGCGGAUCCGGGCGUGGAACUGGCUGGACGUGCGGCUCUACCGGUACUUCCAGGCCGUGCUGUGGCGCCGGGUGGAGCGCUACGGCUACACGCGCAUGAAGGGCGAGCUGGAGGCCCUGCGCUCGCUGCUGCAGGAGACCCGGGAGACCUGCCUGGCCGGGGACGCCGUGGGGCCGGAGGAGACGGCCGACGAGCUGCGGCCCUGGCAGCCCGACACCGCCGCCAUCCUGGGCUACAACCUGCGGCCCGGCCUCCCCCCGGCCCAGCACGCCAGCUGCCACCGCCUGGUGCUGCCGGAGCUGCAGUAUCACGCCCGCCUUUACCAUCGGCAAUACGGCAGGGAGCUGCGUGCCCAGCCCGGUGACUAG